CCCUCUAGUCAGCCGCCCCGCUUGCUCCACCCAAGUGCAAGUGCAUCUGCACAUCCACGGCCUCCCUCGGCACAAAUCGCAUCGGCCAGGGCUUCCUUAACCUGAUGACCUUGUACCGGCGAGAGCUUGCUGGUCAUCAGGUUAAGGAAUCGCUCGUCGGUGCGGCGCCCCCGGCCGGUCGGUCGUGCAUAGGCCAAGGAUGGAUUGGCCCUCCGCCGCUGCCUCAUGGUCGUUGGAUCUCCGAUCUAGAUCCGACGGACCUGGUGCUACCGGGGCAGAGGCUGCGGAGCGAGGCCGGUCGGCUAUCUUAUCCACUGGCGCUGCUGCUGGGCCUGCAGCGCAACCUCAUGGCGCGGAUGGAUUUUGGGCCUCAUUCCAGCUGUGCAGCCCAGUUUCGCAAGGUUCCCCGUCGCUGGGUUCUGAAAAACCCUACGCGACUUCCUCCGGCUGGCCAAGGGGCGAGCCAGCCAGCCUUUCCGGAGGAGGGAGGCGGGAUUCUCACCCACGCGGGAGGGAGGAAGGAGAGGGAGGCCAUCCGCGCCGGAGAGGGAGAGGGAGGGGGGAGCCACCCGCGCCAGAGGGAGGGGGAGCCAACCGCGCCGGGGGGAAGGGGAGCCACCCGCGCCGGAGGGAGGGGGAGCCACCCGCAUUGGAGGAGGGGGAGAGGGAGAGUUCGUCGGGUUUCUCAGUGA